UGCUCGUGGGGUGCUGCGCUCGGCUCUGCCCCGCUCUCGGCAGUGGGAUGGGCUCCACGCGGGGCACUGCCGUACCCUGCGCCCACCCAGGGGAGCGCUGCCGGACAGGUACCGUGCCGCGAUGGGGCCGAUGGGCUUUUUGCCUGCGGGGUGAUCCCGCGUGUUGGUGCCGUGCCGCCCAGGGUGCUGCCCCGCUCAGCAUCCCUCUGCCUCUGCCCGCAGAUCCGCAGCACGGAGCGGGGUGGCUGCAAACAGAGGCUGAGCUGUUUCCCUUCCCUGGGACACCACCAGGGACUGCUGAGCCCUCCGGCACCAGCAGCAGCCCUGGGGAGGCCGGGACGGGCCCUGCGGUGCGGGAUGGAGUGAGCACCGAGGCACAGCCUUCACCCUCUGCUGGUACCACUGAUGCAGCUUCAGGCAGAGAGGGAACGUAUCCUACACGCCCAGGGGAAAGCCCAGCCAGGGUUCUCACAGCAGUCACCAUGGAGCUCAACACAGCUCCAGCCAGCAGUGCUGCCCCCGGGACUGAGCCCAUAGGAAAUGAGAAGGCAGAAAGUUCCUCAACCCCACAGAGGACACUCUUGCAUUCAUCGUCCCAUGUGACACUGCCCAGCAGCUCUAGGGGGCAGUGGGGAACCCCCAGCACUAUGAGGACAGUGCUCACACAGAGCUGGGGGGGCUCACUCAUCCCCUCACACCCUGCUCUGGAGCCACAGGGCAGGGGUGCCACUAUCCCACCCAGUGACAGCAGAGCAGAGACCCCCCAGGGACACACAACAGACAGCCCUGUGACAGGGACAAGUGGGACACUGUCUUUUGUGGGGGGGCUGCAGAGUCUGCAGAGCUCCCCUGGGGAACUAGGAAGGACACAUCAGGUACUGGCAGGGACAGAGCCAGCAGGAGAGUCCCACUCAUUGCAGGGGACAACCAUGGCCUGGCUGAGUCUUCAUGCCACUUCCCACCCCCCUCUGCUGUCCCCAGAGGUUGGUGGCCGUGGAGGGCUGAUGUGGCAUCCCAAGGGCCCUGGGGCCAGCACAGCCCUACUGCCCAUGGAGUCACGUCUGCCUCCUGACCCCAGCUCCACAGCCACUGCCCCAGGGGUGAUGUUCCAAGGCCCUGAGGGAGCCCCAGCCCUGACCACAGAAGUGUUGGGGCUGCCCAACACUCAGAGUCCCCCUGGGCCCAACCGUGUCCCCAUGAACCAGACCUGGCAUAUCUCAGCCUUGCCGGGGGAAGCCCCACCCUCACUGGGCCCACAGCCCUCCCUGGGGCUCAACCCCACUACAGACACCCACCCAGCAGCGUCCCCAGGGCAUGAACAUGCUGAGAGCCCUCAGGUCCCAGGAUGGACCCCGAUGUGGGCAGGUGAUGCUGGGCCUUGGGCAACGACUGCACCACCAAGCACAGCCCUUCCCGUGGCCCCCAGCUCUCCACUGCCAGCCCUGACCCAACCCACAUCAUCUCCACCUCUGCUGACCUUUGCCAUCAGCACUACCACCAGCAUCACCACCACUGCCACCAGCACAGCCACUGCCACCAGCACAGCCACUGCCACCAGCCUCGAACUUCUCAGGGAUGAGAGGACAGCCCCGGUGGAUCCCAUCAGUGCUGCGUGUCAGGGGGCUGUGGAGGAGCUGACGCAGGGGCCCAGUGAGGUGCCGGGGUCCCCCCAUCAGCCCCCAGACCCCCCCAGGAGUGCAGAGCCGCCCCUGCCACAGAGCAGCCCCACGGAGCGGCCACACGCCGGCCCCACAUGCGUAACACCAAACCCAGAGACAGCAGGCAGGGCCACCCCGGAGUUCAUCGUGGAGGAUGAACCGCCGCAGCUGCGAGCGUCCCUCCUGCGCGUGCCCUGCGAGCUGGCACUGGACAUGGCCUUCGUGCCCGCGCUGCGCGACCCCGCGUCCCACGAGCACCACGUGCUGCUGAGCAGCCUCAACCGGACGGUGAGCGUGGGGCCGCCCCGUGGGGAGGAGCAUCGCGUGGGGGCGGUCCCGCAUGGCACCCAUGGCUCCCGCGCAGGUGGCGGCCCGGCUGGCGGCGGUGCGCGGCUUCGUGCGCCUCGAGGUGACGGCCGUCAGGGCGGGCAGCUCCCGUCAGGUGGUGCUGCACUACGACGCGCUGUUCACGGCCGAGCUGGUGCGGGCGGCGGCGCUGGGAGCGCUCCUCGACGCGGCGCUGCGCUCCAGCGGAGCUGCGGUGGGCACCGCCCGCGUCCUGCGGCACACGGCACGCGCGCCGGAGCCCUGCGCAGCGCUGUUCUCCUGCCCCGACGGCUUCGCCUGCGUCGUGAGGGCGGACGGGAACGCCACGUGCACGUCGCUCUGCCACCGCGACUACUGCCGUAACCACGGCGUGUGCGCGCACCCCCGGGGCCGCGGCCCGCUCUGCCGGUGCCCCGCCGGCAGCGACGUCUGGUUCGUGGGGCUGCGCUGCGAGCGGCGAGUGACACUGUCGGGGCUGCUGGGCGCGGCCGCGGGCGCUCUGCUCGGCGUCGUCCUUCUGGGGAUCGCCGUCGGGGCCGCCGUGGUCCGCAGGUUCCGGGCGCUGCUGCGGGAGGCGCGGGCCGAGCAGGGCCGCAGCAGGUGGGUGUGGCCCCGGGGGACGGACGGCGCCCGGAGCUCCGCAGCGCUCACCGCCCGCAGCUACCGCCGCUUCUGCCGCCCGGACGAGGCCGCGGCCCCGCACUGGGCGCGCUCGUGGCCGGGCUCGGGCAGCUCCCUGGACAACCCCGCCUUCAGCCGCUCGGAGGAGCUCCUGCACCUGCACCUCCCGGACGACGGCUGCUGCUGCCGCCGGGACCCGCUCAGCGCCGCGCUGCGCCCGGAGCCGCCCGCCCGCGGACACGGCUUCCCGUACGGCUGGGACACGAGCUGCAGCAGCAUGAAUGAGCCCAUGGUCGACUCAGGAAAAGCCAGUGACAUCUCGGUGUCCAGCUGGCCUGUAGAGCCCAACCCCUGGACACCCUUCUCCUUCCUGCAGCAGCACUCCAGGCAGCAACCGCAGCCAGGCAGGCGGCCGCACUCCUUCUGCGAGGGGAUGGAGCUGUCUACGCUGGAGCGGAGUUGGACGGCCUGAGCGCUACAGACUGAACCGUGGCACCAAGCAUCAGCUUUAAAACCAACCACAUUUUAUUUCCACGUAACAAGCUCAGUGAAAGAAGUCCAAACACUUUGACAAUACAAUCAACGCGGGUGUGAUGUCAGUUCCACUCGAUGCGGAGUCCUGAAAGAUUAUCAGGCAACGGUUUCACCGGGGUCAGAGCAGACUUGGGAAGCCAGCUUGGGCUGGGACAGCGUCGUUCAUAGCGAGUAGGUACAGAGAAGUGUCCAAUAACACACAAUGCUGGCAUCCAACAGAGUUAAUGACUUACAUCCGGCAAUUUGAAAAUAAAGGCUAACAGAUUGUUGAAGUCACAUCAUACUAUGUACAUAUAUGGUCUGCCCUAUAGCCAUUUCAGAACAAGCUAAGCCACUGUGAAGUGAAAUACAAAUUAAGCGCUGCUGCAUUGUUUGUCAUGAUUAAUGUAAAUGAGGUAUAAAUUUAAACACCAGUACGUUUUAAGCAUUAAAGUUUAUUUUCCAAAAUGCUCUCCUUAUUCGCAAGUGUCCUCUUGAGCAUCUAGCUGGGCACAAAUGGUGGGGGGCAGUGGAAGUAGAUGGAGAGGGCAACGGGAUUCCAAAGGUGCUCAAAUAGAAAAGGAAAAGCAAGCUGCAGGUUUCUGCACUUAGAUUCUCAGCUCACAGUGGGCACGCUGAGGGAGAGUUUUGCUAGGAUAAAAUGCAGAUUUGUUCAUAAAAUAAAAAAGAACGAACUCAGAAGGCUAAAAGAAAAAUCAAACUAUGGGGAUACAGAGCUAUAUCGUUUGAUAUUUUCAUCGUAUAGAAAACAGCCUACAAAUAAAGUCACAAAAAAUAGACAGUUAUAUGCUGAGCAGCCAAAAACAUCAUGAUUUAUUAAUAUCUGGAGAAACUUCAUAAUUCAAACACAACCAAACUGUACAUUUUACAAUCACAUUCUAUUUGUAAACAGUUAAAAGCCACUGACUUCUUUUGCAUCUUCGGACACAAACAGUUAGAAUCAAGGCAAUGAAAUGAUGGCGAUUUCUGCACUGUUAAAAUUUUUACCCUUGCCUAGUCUCGAAUCCACCGACUAAACAAGCAUUAUAUAAUACCUUUUGUGGCAAAGAGAUGUAACUCGUUACUUUUGCAAGAAAGUAUUUGCGAGAACUUUUCAAACAUUUAAAACUUUUAUACAACAAACAAUUCUGUAAGCCCAAUCACUUGGUUACAGUAUGCAUAGUUACUCAGUUCGGCUUUAAGGUACGACAGUUAAACGUUAACACAGUCACAAGAGCAGAAACAGCCACUCGAUGGGAUUACAAAAGAAUCGUAGAACUACGGAUUAUUAGCAAACCACCACCACUCACUAAUAAAAAGACAGCGUCAGAAAGCAGGAUGUCCAACUCCAGCUCGAAGCGUGUUUUUUUUUUGGCAGAGAAAAGUCUUACAGAGCAAUAAGUAUCAUCAGUGCUAAAAGUUGAGUUUUUUUUUUUUUUUUUCCUAUAAGAAACUACAAGGAGUUUUUACUGGGGAACUGGUUUUCCUGAGAGCCAUGCUCUUUGAUUUAGGAUACAGGAAUAGAAAACAAAAGGACAUGGCCAAACACUGUUCAUUAUUCCCAGAGAUAGAAAGCAUCUUUUUCAUUCUCAAUUUUUUUUUUUGUCUUUUUAAAAAUUUUUAAAAUGAUGGAAGAGUAAACAUUUUUCUCAAAAAACAAAAACAAAUAUUCUGUAAACAAGGAGGUCCCGACACGGGCACCCCCAAAACAAAAUUGAAAGCCUAUUGAAAGUGCAGGACCCCCCUGGCUUGCAGGCUGGGUUGCAAGUCACAGCUGUGGCCACAGUUUUUUAAACUGUAGAGCUAAAUUCUUUAGUUUUAUACAUGAAAAAACUGGUGCAAUACUUUCAUUCAUAAUCCUAAGUCAGUAUCAUAACUUGAUCUUUAAACGCCACAAUACCACAAUAAGGUAGGCAUACAUCAAGGCAUAGUAGAGAGCGCACACUGUUUGUUAAGAACAUCCUUGAGUAAACAUUUACACGUGAACUGCUGCCUCCCCGAUAUUGCCGAUUAGACAGAGAGAACAUCAUUCAGUGCAAAGGUAAAAAAGCUCAUACUCCAACAUUAUCAGCAAAAUGCAAAAAAAAAAAAAAAAAAAAAAAAAAA